CCUCAGUUAGGACGGGUAAUGGAUCGCAGAGAAAAGUGAGCGGCGUGUGGUGUAGACUAAACAUGGAGAGAAAUGUUGGUUCACUGCAGGAGCAGGCUCUGAAGAGGAAAGAGAGACUAAAGGCACUUAGAGAAAAACAACUCCAUGGGCAAGAUGAGGAUGGGGAACCAGAAAGGAAAAAGGCUUCACUCGAGGAGGAGACUUCAGAGAGGCACAGAGAGCUGAAGCUGAGGAAUUACACCCCAGAGGAUGAAGAGCUGAAGGAGAGACAGGUGCCCAAAGCCAAACCUGCAUCAGUGGAGGAUAAAGUUAAAGACCAGUUAGAAGCAGCUAAUCCUGAGCCUAUUAUCGAGGAAGUGGAUUUGGCCAAUCUUGCCCCAAGAAAACCAGACUGGGAUCUAAAGCGUGACGUGGCAAAGAAACUAGAGAAGCUGGAGAGGAGAACACAGAGAGCCAUCGCUGAGCUCAUCCGGGAUCGUCUGCGAGGCAGUGAGGAGGAGCUGGCUGGUGUGGUGGGCGCAGUGGGAGUGGAGGAAGGAGACUCUGAUUGAUUAUAAGAUGUGACAGUUUUAAAACACAAAUAUGGCCUCAGUUUAUAAGGACUGUACUGUCACACCUCUGUUGUGCUCAAAGAGAAGGCUGCUUUCAUCGCUGCAGGCAGUAAAGGAAUGUUUUCUUUCAGGAUUUCAUAUCCACUUUGUGUCACUCUGUAUUAUUACAGAUGGAGAUGUAACAGUGCACUCUGCUCUUGUGCUCAAUCGAUGAUGUAGCUAUCAAUGUUUUGUUGUAUUUUUUAUAUUUUCAAGUAAACUAAUGUGAAAUGUGUCAAA